AUGUCGACAAUGCACUCAAACAAAGACCCGGAGAGGUUGUCUGCGAUCAAUAGUCACGGGAACAGAGCCGUGGGCCCCCUCGAGACUCCCCAUGGAACGCCAACAAGUCCAAAAGGCGCGCCUCGCACUGCAGACCUUUUGUUUUUAGAAGAAGGACAAGUUGAGGACAUCGCCGCUACUACUCCUGCGAGCUCGUCUGGUUCAGAACAAAGUGCUGUCCAAACACUGGUCGAUCGUGUUCAAAGGUUGGAGCAUGCGCUAGCUUCAGCUUCAUUGGAUGUGCGAGCCAGCUCGGCGGGCUGUAGAACCAAAACGUCAGCUAAGAAAGAGAUUGACAGGAGCGUUUGGCACAAAACGCGGUUCUACGGCCAAAGUCAUUGGGUUCACCCCUUCGAACAGGCGAGAAAAAUCAUAUGUUUUGAGUAUCUACCAGGGGGUGGGAGUAACUUCAAAGUAGGAAAUGGUCAAGCCAAUGCUCAAGCCAGUGCCGAAGUCAAUCGUCUCGUGAAUGAAUGCAAAAUCAUGGCUAGAACCAUCAAAGCUGCCAAUGCACCUCAGUGGCCUUCCUGGAUUCCAGAUGUUGAGAAAACUUUACCUCCUCGAGAACUAUCCGAUCAGUUGCUUCAGUUGUACUUCAAGACCAGCGAGUCAUCUUGCAGAAUCUUGCAUAGAUCAUCGUUUUGGAAAGAGUACGAACAGUACUGGAGCUCGCCUCAAUCUGCUAGUCCAUGCUUACUCUUCAAAAUCUUGCUUGCGAUGGCUUUGGGUAUAUGCUUCUAUCAAGGUCCGGAAGCGAAUGACCUUCGAAGCAAAGCUCAACAAUGGAUAUAUGCAACGCAGAUGUGGCUGGUUAUGCCACACGAGAAGUCCCGAUUAAACAUCCCUGGUCUUCAAGUACAAUGCCUCCUUCUUAUAGCUCGGUCUGUCUUUAAUAUUGGUGGGGAUUUGGUUUGGAUUACGGCCGGAGCUGUUUUGAGAGCGGCAAUCAAUAUGGGAUUUCAUCGAGAUCCCAAAUACUUCCCUCGUAUGCCAGUUCUGCAGGGGGAACUCCGUAGGCGACUCUGGGCUACAGUCUUGGAGCUCAACCUCACCAAUGCGAUGGAUUCAGGAAUGUCGCCCAUGAUCUCAGCAAACGAUUACGACACCGAACCACCUUUGAACAUCAACGAUGAUGAAUUGACCGAGUCUACCGUGCAUCUACCGACGUCGAAGCCACAGAACGUGUACACUGAAAUGUCACUUCAAUUGGCCCUUCUCAGAUCUUUUUCCCUUAGAACCGAGGUUACUACCAUGAUCAACGACUUCCGUUUCGAACCUUUGUAUAGCGAGGUAAUACGCUUAGGGACAGAGCUUAUGAAAAUAUACAAGGAGAACAACAAGAUCCUAGCUAACGCAUCAUCCGAUUCGUCACCAUCUGAGCAAUCAAAACCAAGCCUGAUGCAUCGCAAAGUGGUUGAUAUUACAACCCAGCGCUAUCUACUUGCACUUCAUCGACCUUUUGCUAUGAAGGCCCAGUCGGAUCCUCAAUUCUAUUACUCGCGAAAGGUUUACAUCGAUUCCGCAAUGGCCGUGCUGGCCCAUCCGGAUCCAUCAGUAGUAGCAUCCCCCCUUUCACGGGGAUUACAUGAUGACUAUCACCUUUUCUGUCUCAGUGGUGGAUAUCUCAAAGAAGUAAUGAUUCAUGCAUCGAUUGUGGUUUAUAUGGAAUUAAUUAUUCUACUUGAGGAAGACCCAGACAUGGCCUUUGAUCAAGAUCGGAAAGAAUCUCGCGAGCCCUAUCGGCGUAUGCUAGAGCAGGCAAUUGAAAUCUCGCGGCAACGAAUUGCUAUAGGGGGCGAGACAAACGUUAAAGGCCAUCUAUUUAUGUCAGUUGCCAUGGGACAUGUCAAUGCCAUUGAAGCAGGCAGGCCUUCGGAAGAAGGCAUUCUCGAAGCUGCCCAGAGCAGUGCCAAGCGAUGCUACGAUAUGCUGAGAGCACGACUUCCAUCAACGCCAGAUAUGAGUUUGUCCAAUCAGCAAAAUUUCUCGGGGGACGAAUUCGCCAAUGGUCAGUUAAAUUCCGAUUUGCAUUAUAAAGACAUCGAUUUCACCAUGACGGACUGGGGGACGGCCGAUUUUGAUAAUAUCCCAGAGGCAUGGAUGUUCUCCUCGUGGAAUGAGAUGAAUACGUGGUGA